AUGGGUAGCAAUUUGAUCGAGUUCAUAUCCACGGGCAAAGUUAGGAUGCGAGAGCCGAUGAGCGGGCAGCCCAUCACCAACAAAAGCACCACUCUCCGCCUUCUGCGCUGUUUCACGGGCGAGUGGACGCCGUGGCUCCCCAUCGGCGUGUUCCUCAUCAGACAUGCCGACGGCCCUAUCCUCAUCGACACGGGGGCAUCACCCCAGUGUAUGCAGGCGGGAUACUUUCCAAUGUUGAGCUACCUCACCACCGUGCUCAGCGAGCUCCAGCUGGCGCCAGAAGACGGCAUCGUCAGCCAGCUUGCAAAGCUCGGCGUGAAGCCGACGGACUUGCAAGCCGUCGUUCUGACGCACCUGCAUCACGACCACGCAGGCGGCCUGGAGGAAAUCAUGGAGGCCGCCCCGGAGGUGCCGGUGUACAUCAGCGCGAGCCAUUGGGACGCCUUCGGAAAGCACCCGACGUAUGCGGCAGUUCAAGGGUGUGCGUCCAACCACUGGCCGAAGGAUUUCAAUCUGCGGCUGCUGAACUUUGAUGGAAAGUCUGUCGGUCCUUGGACACAGUCGGAUUCCAUCACAAAGGAUGGGCAGGUCAUAGCGGUGGAGACACCGGGACAUGUCCCAGGACACAUCUCUGUUAUUGUCAAAGAUGGGAGUGGAGGCCCAGGUACUCCUGACACGUACUUCAUCACGGGCGACGCGACUUACAGUCUGGAGCUGCUGAAAAGGGGAGAGCCCGAUGGUAUUAACCAGGACCCGAUAACUGCGUUCGAAAGCCUGCAGCUUAUCAAGAAGUUCUCUGAGCAACAGAAGGUCGUUGUUCUCCCCAGCCAUGAUGUAAAUACGUCCAUUAUUCUGGACGAGAAGAGGCAAUAUCGGGCAAAGCAGUGA